GGGGCCGGCUCGCGGGGGGGACUGCGAAGGGGGGGAUUCCCUCCCUCGUGCUCGCAGAGGACUGGCCCCUCUCCGGGCUGGGAGCUCCGGCCGAGCGGAGGCGCGACGGAGAGCACCAGCGCAGGGCAGAGAGCCCGGAGCGACCGGCCAGAGUAGGGCAUCCGCUCGGGUGCUGCAGAGAACGAGGGCACCUCCGAGCCGCCCCGGAGGACCGAUGCGCCGGGUGGGGCGCUGGCCCCGAGGGCGUGAGCCGUCCGCAGAUUGAGCAACUUGGGAACGGGCGGGCGGAGCGCAGGCUAGCCGGGCGCCCAGGACAGUCCCGCAGCGGGCGGGUGAGCGGGCCGCGCCCUCGCCCCUCCCGGGCCUGCCCCCGUCGCGACUGGCAGCACGAAGCUGAGAUUGUGGUUUCCUGGUGAUUCAGGUGGGAGUGGGCCAGAAGAUCACCGCUGGCAAGGACUGGGUUGGUUUUUGGAGUAGUCCCUGCUGACGUGACAAAAAGAUCUCUCAUAUGAUAUUCCGAGGUAUCUUUGAGGAAGUCUCUCUUUGAGGACCUCCCUUUGAGCUGAUGGAGAACUGGGCUCCCCACACCCUCUCUGUCCCCAGCUGAGAUUAUGGUGGAUUUGGGCUACGGCCCAGGCCUGGGCCUCCUGCUGCUGACCCAGCCCCAGAGGUGUUAGCAAGAGCCGUGUGCUAUCCACCCUCCCCGAGACCACCCCUCCGACCAGGGGCCUGGAGCUGGCGCGUGACUAUGCGGCUUGGGCUGUGUGUGGUGGCCCUGGUUCUGAGCUGGACGCACCUCACCAUCAGCAGCCGGGGGAUCAAGGGGAAAAGGCAGAGGCGGAUCAGUGCCGAGGGGAGCCAGGCCUGUGCCAAAGGCUGUGAGCUCUGCUCUGAAGUCAACGGCUGCCUCAAGUGCUCACCCAAGCUGUUCAUCCUGCUGGAGAGGAACGACAUCCGCCAGGUGGGCGUCUGCUUGCCCUCCUGCCCACCUGGAUACUUCGACGCCCGCAACCCCGACAUGAACAAGUGCAUCAAAUGCAAGAUCGAGCACUGUGAGGCCUGCUUCAGCCAUAACUUCUGCACCAAGUGUAAGGAGGGCUUGUACCUGCACAAGGGCCGCUGCUAUCCAGCUUGUCCCGAGGGCUCCUCAGCUGCCAAUGGCACCAUGGAGUGCAGUAGUCCUGCGCAAUGUGAAAUGAGCGAGUGGUCUCCGUGGGGGCCCUGCUCCAAGAAGAAGAAGCUCUGUGGUUUCCGGAGGGGCUCCGAGGAGCGGACACGCAGGGUGCUACAUGCCCCUGUGGGGGACCAUGCUGCCUGCUCUGACACCAAGGAGACCCGGAGGUGCACAGUGAGGAGAGUGCCGUGUCCUGAGGGGCAGAAGAGGAGGAAGGGAGGCCAGGGCCGGCGGGAGAAUGCCAACAGGAACCUGGCCAGGAAGGAGAGCAAGGAGGCAGGCGCUGGCUCUCGAAGACGCAAGGGGCAGCAACAGCAGCAGCAGCAAGGGACAGUGGGGCCACUCACAUCCGCAGGGCCCGCCUAGGGACACUGUCCAGCCUCCAGGCCCAUGCAGAAAGAGUUCAGUGCUGCUCUGUGUGAUUCAAGCUUUCCUGAACUGGAACGUCGGGGGCAAAGCAUACACACACACUCCAAUCCAUCCAUGCAUACAUAGACACAAGACACACACGCUCAAACCCCUGUCCACAUAUACAACCAUACAUACUUGCACAUGUGUGUGCAUGUACACACACACACAGACACCACACACACACACACACACACACACACAUACACACACACACACACACCUGAGGCCACCAGAAGACACUUCCAUCCCUCGGGCCCAGCAGUACACACUUGGUUUCCAGAGCUCCCAGUGGACAUGUCAGAGACAACACUUCCCAGCAUCUGAGACCAAACUGCAGAGGGGAGCCUUCUGGAGAAGCUGCUGGGAUCGGACCAGCCACUGUGGCAGAUGGGAGCCAAGCUUGAGGACUGCUGGUGACCUGGGAAGAAACCUUCUUCCCACCCUGUUCAGCACUCCCAGCUGUGUGACUUUAUCAUUGGAGAGUAUUGUUACCCUUCCAGGAUACAUAUCAGGGUUAACCUGACUUUGAAAACUGCUUAAAGGUUUAUUUCAAAUUAAAACAAAAAAAUCAACGACAGCAGUAGACACAGGCACCACAUUCCUUUGCAGGGUGUGAGGGUUUGGCGAGGUAUGCGUAGGAGCAAGAAGGGACAGGGAAUUUCAAGAGACCCCAAAUAGCCUGCUCAGUAGAGGGUCAUGCACACAAGGAAGAAAACUUAGGGGCUGCUCUGAUGGUGGUAAACAGGCUGUCUAUAUCCUUGUUACUCAGAGCAUGGCCCGGCAGCAGUGUUGUCACAGGGCAGCUUGUUAGGAAUGAGAAUCUCAGGUCUCAUUCCAGACCUGGUGAGCCAGAGUCUAAAUUUUAAGAUUCCUGAUGAUUGGCAUGUUAUCCAAAUGCGAGAAGUGCUGCUGUAAUUCCCCUUAAAGGAUGGGAGAAAGGUCCCUGGCCAUCUUGCAGCAGGAGGGAUUCUGGUCAGCUAUAAAGGAGGACUUUCCAUCUGGGAGAGGCAGAAUCUAUAUACUGAAGGGCUAGUGACACUGCCGGGGGAAGGGAGUGCGUAGGCUUCCAGUGAUGGUUGGGGACAAUCCCGCCCAAAGGCAGGGCAGUGGAUGGAAUAACUCCUUGUGGCAUUCUGAAGUGUGUGCCAGGCUCUGGACUAGGUGCUAGGUUUCCAGGGAGGAGCCAAACACGGGCCUUGCUCUUGUGGAGCUUAGAGGUUGGUGGGGAAGAAGAUAGGCAUGCACCAAGGAAUCGUACAAACACAUAUAUAACUACAAAAGGAUGGUGCCAAGGGCAGGCGACCACUGGCAUCUAUGCUUAGCUAUGAAAGUGAAUAAAACAGAAUAAAAAUAAAAUACUUUCUCUCAGGGAGGUGUCUCAGAGGAUGUGAUAUUUGAGCCUAACUCUGAAGGAUGGGUAGAAGGAUUUAAGACAGACUGCUGCUGUCCAAUAGAAAUAUGUGAGCCACAUAUUUAAUUUAACAUUUUUG